ACCGGUUUUAAAAAUAUGUACUGUGUUACUGCGCAGAUAUUCAAACAUAAUUGGAUGAACUAUUAUUCAUGUACUUCUUCCUAUCCCUACUAUUCUUAGCAAAGGAAGUGAGACAUAUUCAUGGCAGCAUGAUUGAUGAAACAGAAUUACCAAGCGUUUCAAAUCUCAACAGUCCUAAUAUAUGCAAAGUUUUAUUCGUGAAUACGAAUGCUACAACAGGAUAUAGGGCAGCGUUUCAAGAAAUCGGUCAACACAAGUUUCUUGAAGAGAUGAUUGCUUUCACAAAUGAUUUUCCUGCAAAUUUGAUCAGGUUUAAUAAGGAUAUUCUCUCAGAAUACUUCAGAUUAGAUGGCUUGCUGGAUACUGAAAUCCAUUCUUGUGCACUAAUGUUUUAUCAACGUCUUGGUGAGUUAUACGAAGUGUCUCCAAGCGAUGUAUCUUUCGAAAUAGUUGAUCAAUAUUUACAAGAGCUUACGAUUUGCAUCUUAAAAUUCGGAACUAGAUAUCAGACCUUCGUUUAUUCAACUCCUGAACUAAGAAGAUGUUUCCGUCUGAAUGAUCUUGCCUCUCAUUCUCUAGACAUUUUCGGGGAUUUAUCUGUGAAGUGGUUUGGAAAGUUAAGUCCAGGUCUUACGUGGUAUCUCAACCUACGCAGAAGACUCGAGCUGACAGAAGUCAGCUUGAAUUCAGGACCCGGUCGUUCGUGUCAGAAGGCGAUGACAGAUCUGAAGGUCGGAUGUGAAAAAAUAAAAGAAUGUUUUGCGUCCAAUAGUAAACAGCAAUGUGUCUCUGUAUGUAACGGUUAUUGUGUGAAUAUUAUUCGUGGAUGCCUAGCUCCAUCUCUUUUUUCGUCUUCGGAACAGUCGACUGCCCUAACUGAGGAGUCAAUGUGGAGUUAUAAGAAUUCGUUAAAUAUCAGUGCUCUGUUUGCCUCAUUAAAUGCUACUACUAUAUAUAACCUUAUAAGAAAAGGAAUUCAUGAGGUGAAGGAAAAUAUUGCUUCGAUUAAAAUAAAACUCGAACAGUUCUGUGGAAAAAGCAGAUCUCGAACGUUGAAGCAGAGUUCAGAUUUAUCGAAUGGCUUAUAUCAUAAUGGAUCAGAAAAGAAUCGUUUAGAGUUUAUACGUGAUGUAAAUCCCAAUCAUGCAACUUACAGCAGGCUAACCAAUUUCAUUACAGAAGCGACAAACAACUUCAGUUUCUUUUUUCACCACAGAGGUAAUAUUAGGCGAUAUAUGGAUAAUACUGAGUUACUUUAUUGUCCAAAACUAAGUGAAAAACAGUGUUGGAAUGGAUCAACAUUUGGCAGGUAUACAAAAAAAGUCCCAGAAUUUACUAUAAAUGGUCAAUUGAAUAAUCCAGAAGUGAAGGUAACUGGUGGUGAAAUAAGAUUACAGACGUCCCAAGAAAGAAAUACCGGAAGGAAACAACCCUCUACGGACAACCUUUUUCACAAGGUAAAUCCAAGGAAUCGUUCUGUAUCACCUAGUAUAGACAUCGAACUGAACUAUUCUGAAAUUAAAAAUCAGUUUGAUGAAGAAUCCAGUGGUCUGCAUCCUCAAUUCUCAACUACUGAUUUGGAAAUACCAAGAGUAGAACAGUUCAUCGCAGGAUCACAGGAACCAAAAGUUAUUGCUAAUGUUGAUCACACAUCAGAUGACAGCGCUUCGGAAUCUCUGCCAGACAAUAUUGUAGUUCAGGGAUGUUUCGCUGAUGAUGAAGAUUGUGAGUUGAAUUUCUCUGACAGUCCUAUAGACAAUGACGCUAACAACAUACAGUACAAUUUGUUUCGAAAAAAUGAUUCUCAAAAACAAUCACUUAAACUGCUUGAAGGACUGAAUGGUGAUGGCUUAUAUGAGGGAAGAAAAUCAAAGCCUAUGGAGAAACCUGAAACAAUCGCAAAACAAUCAAUAAAUUCUUCGGCAGUUAGUAGGUCAUCAGCAUUGAGACUGAGGCAUAAUACUGGCCCAAUGAAUAAAACAUUUUAUCGACUGAUAAAAUUCCUUGGCAUAUUUUUAUCACUUACUUUUUCUAUGCACACUUAAUAUGAACAAAAUGAGUUUGGAUAUACUUUUUCAAAAUUACACCCAAAUUCCUGUGUACAUUGGGCUAUAUUCUUCACCAGCUAUUUUGCUCACAAUGUUUUUCAUUAUUUUGCCAUAUUUCACAAUCCUAUUAAUUAUUUUUCUAUGCGAACACUUCCGUUUCUUUCCUAAAAGUUUCAGCAUUUAAAACGUUGUAAACCAUAUUAAUUUCAAACUGUGGUAUGAUACUGUCUUAAAUAACUGGUGUGCUUCAAAAUUACGGGGUUAUCUUUAUAUUUCCGCUAGUAUUCACUAAUGCCUGAUAAUGUCAUUUGAUUUGCUUUUUGUGUUAUUAUUGUCUGUUUGUUUUCUUCGUCUUUUUGGAUUUUUAUAUCGGACCCGCAUAAUACUAUAGUGUACCGCUUUGAACUAAAGGAUAUCUAAAAUUCCUCCCAGAGUACUCAUUUACUUGAACAGAUGUCAUAUUGCAGUAAAACUGAUAUUCCACCUUCAAAUACAAAACGGUUGUUUAUUUCAAA